AUGUCUACCGCAGGAAGGGACUACGUUCGUGAUAAGAUGCCGAUUAUCGGAUUCGGUACCUAUCAGAUUCGAAGCGAAACGAUUCUUAGAGACGUUGUGGACGCUGCUCUAUCUUGUGGUUAUCGUUUUUUCGACACGGCUCAAGUGUACGGCAAUGAGGCGAAACUUGGUCGCAUCUUUGAGGAACUGUUGCCGAAGUAUGAUCUGGAAAGGUCUGACAUUUUUAUCACCUCCAAAGUGUCUCCUUCGAAUCAAGGCACCAAUUUGGCCAGGAAAUCAGUUGAGAAAUCUCUGGAAAAUUUGCGGACUGAUUACAUUGAUCUUAUGUUGAUUCAUUGGCCUGGUACCAGUGGAAAGCCGGUGGACGACCCAAUGAAUGCUGAACGUCGCAAGCAGACCUACGAAGUGCUGGAGGAGUUUCAUGAAGGUGGUCAACUCCGAUCGAUUGGGAUAUCGAACUAUGAGGUACGACACUUGGAUGAAUUACUCGAUCAUUGCAAAAUUCAUCCAGCAGUUAACCAGGUAGAGUUCCAUCCACACUUCCAUCAACGUGACCUCUACGACUACUGCAUGUCGCACGAUAUUCAUUUCCAGGCGUACAGUAGCCUGGGAGGCCCGAACUAUCGAGAAGAACUGUUCGAAGAUCCCGACGUAAUAGAACUCGCUGAAAAGUACGAUAUCACCGUUCCUCAGUUCCUGCUCUCCUGGGCGAUAUCACAGUCAAUUAGCGUUUUGCCACGCAGUACUUCACGUGAACGGACAAUCGCUAAUUUUUCGGCGAAGAAGAUUCGCAUUUCUCCAAAAGACAUAGAGAAGUUGUGGAAUAAUGGCAAGUGUCACAAGGCCAGCUGGGAUCCAAGCGUUGUUGCUUGA